AUGCUUUGCGUGCUUGGAGUGCUGUUGGAGUGCUGUUGGGAGUGCUGUUGGGAGUGCUGUUGGGAGUGCUGUUGGGAGUGCUGUUGGGAGUGCUGUUGGGAGUGCUGUUGGGAGUGCUGUUGGGAGUGCUGUUGGAGUGCUGUUGGAGUGCUGUUGGAGUGCUGUUGGAGUGCUGUUGGAGUGCUGUUGGGAGUGCUGUUGGGAGUGCUGUUGGAGUGCUGUUGGAGUGCUGUUGGAGUGCUGUUGGAGUGCUGUUGGAGUGCUGUUGGAGUGCUGUUGGAGUGCUGUUGGAGUGCUGUUGGAGUGCUGUUGGAGUGCUGUUGGGAGUGCUGUUGGGAGUGCUGUUGGGAGUGCUGUUGGAGUGCUGUUGGAGUGCUGUUGGGAGUGCUGUUGGGAGUGCUGUUGGGAGUGCUGUUGGGAGUGCUGUUGGGAGUGCUGUUGGGAGUGCUGUUGGAGUGCUGUUGGAGUGCUGUUGGAGUGCUGUUGGAGUGCUGUUGGGAGUGCUGUGCUGUUGGAGUGCUGUUGGUUGGAGUGCUGUUGGGAGUGCUGUUGGGAGUGCUGUUGGGAGUGCUGGAGUGCUGUUGGGAGUGCUGUUGGGAGUGCUGUUGGGAGUGCUGUUGGAGAACUGAGUCCCUCACGGCGGCGGUGGCGUCCCUCGGCUCUCCGGGGAAUCGGAUAAACAGACAUCAUGAGCAGCAGGAGGAAGCGUGCUCUCCCGGUGAGAGUGGACGAGGAGCAGAAGAAGAGGCUCCAGUGGAACAUGGUGCAGGACCGGAAGAGCGAGGGGACGAUGGUGCAGGACCAGGAGACCGGAUUCGUACUAGCAGACCAGACACCAGCAGCAAUGGACCAGACCCAAUAUCCACAGACAGAGGACUUUCCAGGUCCAUCUUCAGCAUCCCUCUGGUGUCUGUGUUGGUCGUUCCUGUCUCUCGUCUCGGCUCUGUGUGGAAGGCUGCGAUUGGAGAGUUCUCUGUCCAGACGCAGACGGCUCCUCCAGACGGGGGUGAGGCGGGGGAAGACGGGGAGAGGGGGGAGGCGGGUGAGGAGGUGUUCUGGCUGCAGAGGACAGGGACCAGCUUCAGUGUGGACCAUGGAGCAGAGACACAGACAGCAGAGUGCAGUCUGAAGAACGUGACUCUGGAGGAUCUGGACUGGGUCCAACAGAAGACACUGAUCCAACUGGGUUACCAGAGACACACCAGCGGCUACCAGGUGACUGUGUUUCUGAUGGAGAGAGCUUUGGCCAAACCAGAGUUUCUGAGUCAAGCUGCAACUCGCCUGAAGAAAGGAAACCUCAUCCUGCAGAAGAUCAUGGAGACUUUCUACGACUUUAUCAUACCAGACUUGGUGGAUCCUGAGGAGGAGCAGUGCGACACGGAGCUGGAGAGACAGAACAUCGAGGAGCUGUACGACCAUGUGAGACGAGUUCACCACAGACAGAAGGAGGAGAGAGACCAGGAGGAGACCGAGGAGGAGGUGCAGCAUUCUGCUCUGGUCCCUGUGCUCCGGCCGUACCAGCGACAGGCCGUUCAAUGGAUGUUAACCAGAGAGAGAGCCACCAGCGGACCAGAUAGAGAGGAAAAGAUGCAUCCUCUUUGGCACGAGUUGGUGACUCUGUGUGGGAAGAAGCUGUUCUACAACCCCUACAUCGGCAGUCUGAUCCUGGAGUUCCCCCUGGCUGCAGAGCCGGUCCCUGGGGGGAUCCUGGCCGAUGAAAUGGGUCUGGGGAAAACUGUGGAGGUCCUGGCUCUGAUCCUGUGUCACCCACGACUAAACCUGAAGACCGAGAGCUAUGUCCUGCCAGAGGGGAAGUCAGUGAACUUCUUUGUGCCUCCUCCUCCAGAGAAGAGGAACUCGCCUCCCCGCAGACCUGAGGCGUCUCAGCCUAAAACAAAGAUCAACUUCCCGCCGGUCUGGUCCAUGCUCCUCUGGUGUCUGUCAGAUCUGGACAAAGGUAAAGGUGUCUCGCUGCUCUCCGCUCUCGCCCACAUGAGGCGUUGUUAUGGUUACGACCCUGUGAAGAACCGGAGCCACAUCAAACGAACCAUGAAGAAGCUGCUGGAGGAGACGCUGUUGCGGCAGACCAAAGGCCGCGGCAUGUCAGGCUCCUUCAAACUCACCGCAACAGGGUCCUCCAAACUCACCGCUACAGGGUCCCCCAAUUUCACUGCAACAGGGUCCAAGGCCGCCUCAGUGCUGGAGAGACUCAGUCCUGGGAGGAGGCUUCACAAAAGUCCAGAUUCUUCUCCUCGUAAAUCGAUCCAGAGGCGAGCGAAGGACAGAGCGGAGGCGGCUCUCCACAGUGCGCUGGCAGAGGACCAGGAAGACCACCGGGAGACCACAGGGGUACCAUGUGAGCUCCAGCACCAGGAGACCAGAGUGGUACCAUCUGUCCAGGAGAAACAAACAUCCUCUCAAAUCCAUAGAGAGUUGAAAACUGAAGACGAAGACGAUUCUACGGUCUCUUCUUCCACGUCCUGGAAAGAUGGACACACCUCUAACCCCGGCCUGCCCACUCUGACCUCUGACCCCGCCCCUCCCCGGCAGCCCUCCCUCCUCCCGCUUAACUCCUCAGACCCCGCCCCUCCCCGGCUGCCCUCCCUCCUCCCGCUUAGCUCCUCAGACCCUGCCCCCCCCCGGCUGCCCUCCCUCCUCCCGCUUAGCUCCUCAGACCCCGCCCCUCCCCGGCUGCCCUCCCUCCUUCCGCUUAGCUCCUCAGAGUACCGGUUUGCGUGUGUGUGUGGAGAGCUGGGGCUGCUGGAUUACAAAGCGCGGGUGCAGUGCCUGAGCUGCGGCCUGUGGCAGCACGCGCGGUGUGUGGACUACAGUGAUGAGCGCCGCCAGACACCGUUCCACUGCCCGCACUGCCUGGUCGCCAUGGCGCCCGUGCCCACCGGCGCCACGCUUAUCAUCUCCCCUAGCUCCAUCUGCCACCAGUGGGUAGAGGAGAUCAGCAAACACGUGCGCGCCUCGGAGCUGCGCGUGUUGGUGUACCAGGGAGUGAAGCGUCACGGGUUCCUGCAGCCUCAGUCCCUGGCGCAGCACGACAUCGUCAUCACGACAUAUGACGUGCUGCGGUCAGAGCUGAACUACGUGGACCUGCCGCACAGCAGCAGCCAAGACGGCCGGCGCUUCCGCACGCAGAAGCGCUACGUACCCAUGCCGAGCCCCCUGGUGGCCGUGGAGUGGUGGCGCGUGUGUCUGGACGAGGCGCAGAUGGUGGAGUGCGUCACUGCGAAGGCGGCUGAGAUGGCCCUGCGAUUGGCCUGUGUGAACAGAUGGUGCGUCAGUGGGACUCCGGUUCAGAGAGGACUGGAAGACCUCUAUGGCCUCCUCCUGUUCCUGCGUCUCGAUCCGUUCUGGGUGAAGCGAUGGUGGGACCAGCUCCUGUAUCGUCCUCAUCGCCGCGGCAACAGUGCUCCUCUCUACGGCGUCAUCCGCCAGGUUCUGUGGAGGUCCGCCAAGAAGCACGUCCUGGACCAGAUCCAGCUCCCCCCUCAGACAGAGGAGGUGCAUUGGUUGCGUUUCUCCCCAGUGGAAGGACACUUCUAUCACCGUCAGCACGAGGUCUGCUCCCAUGAUGCACUGCUGCGGCUGCGGAAGAUCAGCGACUGGAGCCUGAGGCUGGGGGCCUUGGACCGCAGGACCGUGAGCACCAUCCUGGGGCCCCUGCUGAGGCUGAGACAGGCCUGCUGCCACCCCCAGGCUGUGAGGGGCCAGUUCUUAGCACUGCAGAAGAGUACCAUGACGAUGGAGGAGCUGCUGACGUCGCUGCAGAAGAAGUGUCGCUCUGAGUGUGAGGAGGCGCACAGACAACUGGUCUGCGCCCUCAACGGGCUCGCCGGGGUCCACAUCAUCAGAGGGGAGGUGGUGGAGGCCGCAGAGCGCUACAGAGACGUGCUGCGCUCGUCUGAAGAACACAAAGGAAAACUGAAGACGGACUCUCUACAGAGACUUCAUGCCACUCACAACCUGAUGGAGCUGCUGAACGCAAAGCAUCCUGGGAUUCCUCCAACGCUGAGAGAUGACAGACUCAGUGAAGAGGCGGAGCAGCUGAGGCAGCACUACAUGACCAAGUACAACUCUGAGGUGUCAGACGCAUACAGCGCUCUGCAACCUGUUCUACAGGCCAUCAGGGAGCUGAAGAGGAAGGUGAAGUUGAGCGCCCCCUGGUGGCUGGAUGUCAUACAGCUGGCAGUGCGCACCAGCAGUGACGAGGACCUGGUGAUGAGGGUGAAGAACGAGCUCACCAGCAACUACAAGCAGAGUACCAGCAAGAUCUCUAUGGCUGACAAGUUCCGUGACGCUGUCGGGCUGCAGUACGUCCUCAGCACCAAACUGGACGAGUUGUUAAAGUCUCAGAAGACGGUUCAGGACGCGGUAAAGCGUCUGGAGGGUCCGGCCUCACAGGAAGUCAUCGACGAGGCCACAAUCUGCCACCUGAGGCCAAACCGACUGCCUCUCAACAAUUGUGUUUUUUGCAAAGCAGACGAACUCUUCAACGAUUAUGAAUCCAAACUGUUUUCUCACACGGUGAAGGGCCAAGCUGCGAUCUUUGAGGAGAUGAUCGAGGAGGAGGAGGGUUGUGUAGACGAGAGACUGCCGACCACGAGCCGCGGUCUGUGGGCGUCCAGUGAGACGGAGCGCGCUCUGAAGGCUCUCCUUGCCUUCGCCAAAGCCAAACGUCUGGAGCCUGCACUGGUGGAGGAGGGAAGCUGCUUCAUGGAGCUGUUCGAGGCCUGGAAGAAGGAGUACAAGGUUCUGCAUGAGUACUGGGGUGUCCUGAGGAACCACGUCUCGGCCAUAGAUGAGCUGGGCAUGGCCACCGAGAGGUUGAGGGUUCGACUCCCAGACGAACCCAAACCAAAGCUGCUGCACAUCAUCGAGCCGCAUGAGGUGGAGCAGAAUCGUGUGAAGCUGUUGAAUGAUCAGGCUGUGGCUAAAUCUCAGCUCCAGAAGAAACUGGGACAACAGCUGUAUCUGAGCAACCUGGAGAAGUCUCAGGACAAGACAACAGGAGGACUGAACCCGGAGCCAUGUCCCAUCUGUGCUCGCCCACUGGGUUGCCAGCACUAG